AAGUUUUAAUAUUUUAAGAAAAGCCAAUGCUGAUAUAUUAAUCUAAGAAACUUAGAUAAUUGUUAGGAAGUGUCCCUAUUUAUGUUUAUUUAAAUCAUUUUGAUACAAUUAACCAAAAGCUUUAACUUCUACUAAAUUGAAAUUAUUUUUAUUUUAAUUUCAUUCAUUUUUUUCAGCAGGAAAUAAUGACGAACUCUCUUUUACAGUUUCUAUACAUAAUUAUUUUUGUAUCAAUAUCUUUUGCCAGCGAAGAGUGGAUCAGAAAAGCAGAAGAAGAUUUAGCGAAAUAUGAUGUUGCAAAAAGUAAAUUAUAUAACUGCAUGUAUAGAGAAGAUAGACUAAGCAAGAGUGCAUUCAAAUUCUUCAGAAUUUUAGGUAAAUAUUAUGCAGAGUUUGACUUAUUUUUACUUGAAUGUAGACUACUUCUUUUGAGAAAUAUUAGUAAAGAAGAGGUAGAUAAAGCCAUACUAAAUUUUAUGUGCGAAAGAGUAAGUAAAGAUUUUAAAGUACUAGGAAUUGAGGAGUGUGAAUUCAAAGCUGAAAAAUGCUUACCAGUAUUUCAUGAACAUGUAUUUAAGGAUAUAACACCCUCAAUAACGAAAAAAAUAUUAAGCAAUUCGCCAUUGUCAAAAUUGUACAAAAAUAUAAAUAAAAGUAAAAAAUCCUACCGAGAAGUUAUGGAAAUUGAUUCAAAUGAACUAGAUUCUGAAAAAGUAACAAAAGUAGAUAAAUUCUACAAAUCUUUAAGUAAAUUAACUGAAUCAAAUGUAUCUGACAUUGAUAAUGAAACAAACAAUAACUAAAAAAUAAUUUUUACUAUAUUCAAUAUCUAUAAAAACCAUAUUGUAUACCACAUAUUACCUAUGAUAAAUGUAAAAAUAUUUUUAGCUUAGUUCAAUAUUUUUUUCAAAAAUGUAAUAAGUACUUUUAUUAAAAAAUUUUCAAAUAAAAACUAUAAGAUAGCGUGGUGUAAACCAAUAUGGCAUUUUCGAAAUUUUUCCUUAUUUAAGUUAAAUUAAAUUGAAUUCAUUAAUUAAAUGAUUAAGAAAUCAUCAAAAUUUCAGACAUCAGUGCUCUAGCGCAAAUAUUAGUCAUUAAAUAACCAAUUAUACUAAAAACACCAAUAUAAAA